GUGAACAAGGAAGUGAUACGUACUUCAUGGCACGUAAGUAAAAGUGAAACUGAAUCAGGACGCUCACAUCAAAAAGGAAGCUUUAUCGUUACAAAACGUCCCAGUUCCAUCGCUACUGGAUGUUCAGUAACUCUGAGACUGUAAACAGAAAAAUGCAACCAGCUGAAAAGCAGUAAAGCUUUAAAGCUGUAAAAAAGAAAUGGCAGAAUCCUCAUCACAGCUACCACCUGAGAAAAAGAGGCGUAGGACUGGCCAAGCUGAGUUCACACAUGACUCCAGUAGCUUGCUGUCUGAGGAGCAGUUCGUGUGUUCUGUCUGUCUGGAUGUGUUAGCUGAUCCAGUCUCCACUCCAUGUGGACACAACUUCUGUAGAACCUGCCUUACACAAUACUGGGACAAUACUCCACGAUGUCUGUGUCCAUUAUGUAAAGAGACAUUCACCAGGAGACCUGAACUCAAGAUUAACACAACACUGAGAGAGGUAGUGGAUCACUUCAAGAAGAAAAGCAGUCUUGAUAAACCUGAUGUUCUUUGUGAUGCCUGCACUGGAGUGAAGUCAAAGGCUGUAAAAUCCUGUCUGGAUUGUGGUCUGACAUAUUGUAAGUCUCAUCUAGACCCUCAUAAUAAUGUUCCAAAACUUAAGAAACACAAACUACUAAACCCUGUGAAGAACCUGGAGGACUACAUAUGCCAGAAGCAUGAGAGACCCCUGGAGCUGUUCUGUAGAGAGGACAAGAUGUGUGUGUGUCAGUUCUGCACUGAGGGAGAACACAAGACACACAACACUGUUCCUCUAGAGGACGAGAGUAGAGAGAAAAGGACACAGCUGGGGAAGACACAGUCAGAGGUGCAGAAGAUGAUCCAAGAGAGACUGAAGAAGAUCAAAGAGAUCAAACAUUCAGUAGAGCUCCAAAAUAAAAUCACAGAAAAAGAGAUUGCAGAUAGUAUUGAAGUCUUCACUGCCCUGAUGUGCGCCAUUGAGAGAAGCCAGGCUGAGCUGCUUCAGGUGAUGGAGGAGAAGCAGAAAGCAGCAGAGAGGCAGGCUGAAGGACUCAUUAAAGAUCUGGAGCAGGAAAUCACUGAUCUAAAGAGGAGAGACACUGAGCUGGAGCAGCUCUCCCACACUGAGGACCACAUCCACCUCCUACAGAUGUACCCAGCCCUGAGCAGCCCUCCACACACCAAGAACUGGACUGACAUCAGUACUGACACUGAUGUGAAUAUGGAGUCGGUGAAGAGAGCUUUGUCACAGCUUCAGAAGACUCUGAAUGAAAAACUCUGUAAAACAUUGAAUGAGUUGUUGAAAGAAACAGUCUCUAGAGAAUUGAAGAGGAUUCAGCAGUAUUCAGUGGAUGUGACUCUGGAUCCUGAUACAGCUCAUACCUACCUCAUCCUGUCUGAUGAUGGAAAACAAGUGUCAUUUGGAGACACUAAUCAAAUUCUCCUUGCCAACCCAAAGAGAUUUGAUAAACAUAUCACUGUCCUGGGAACGGAGGGGUUCUCAUCAGGGAGAUUUUACUAUGAGGUGCAGGUCAAGGGGAAGACAGAGUGGGAUGUAGGAGUGGCCAGAGAGUCUGUUAACAGGAAGGGGGAGUUUACACUGAGCCCUCAGGAUGGAUGCUGGACUGUAGUUCUGAGGAAGGGGAAUGAGUACAAAGCUUGUGAUCUUCCCUCUCUUUCCCUCACCCUGAAGCAGAAGCCCCAGACGGUGGGAGUGUUUGUGGAUUAUGAGGAGGGUCUGGUCUCCUUUUAUGAUGUGCAGGCCAGGUCUCACAUCUACUCUUUCACUGGUCAGUCUUUCACUGAGAAACUCUACCCAUACUUCAGUCCUUCUAAGAAUGAUGGAGGUAAAAACUCACCUCCGCUGAUCAUCUCUCAUAUAUAUAAGACUGAAUGAGUUUUUACUCACUUACACAGUUUUUACCCAAUCAUCUCUGGAAACUCAAAGAACAGAAGAAAAAAAAAAACCUUUGAAAUAAAAAGGUCCAUAAUGUUAAAUAUAAAAACUCAAUACACAGCAACAAGGAAAAGACCUACACUUAAGUUGUUGUGAAGUGGAGCGAAUCAAAGCAGGACCCAAAUGCCUUAAAGAGCAAUGGUUAUUUGUGGAGAUUCUAUAUUCAGGGUUGAGGUCACAGUCCAUGGUGAAGUAGCCAGGAGUAACUAAGAGAAAACCAUAAAUUCUAUCAAUGAGACAAAAACAAACAAAAAUAUAGAAUGCACUAGGUAGUAAGGUGAAGACUGACAAAGUAAAAUAGAAAGACAACUGUGAUUGGCCAUCCUCCUGGCAUCACUGUUUCCUUGAUUUCCCUGUCAUGUUUGUUUUCCUUUACUUCCUUGUUCCGUUCCUUGGUUUCGUUUUCUCCGCCCCUCAUCUGUUCCUUAAUUCUAGCCCUUGUUUGUUGUUCUCCCUGUUAUUAUGUUCACCUGUGUCUGGUUAGUGUCUAAUUUUCUUGGUUAUUUAAACCCUUUGUUUGGUUGCCCCUGUUGUUGGUUAUUUUGGUAAGUUUGGUCAUGCGUCCUUGUUUCCAUGAUUGUCCUUGUUUUAUUUGUUUGCUUUGCUUAGUGUUACUUUGCGUUUUGUCUCUGUGUAUUUAAGCCCGCGUCAGUGUGUGCAGUGUUCUUGAUCAUUGUUGAUGCGUGUUGAUGUUCUUCUCGUCAUUGUUAAAUGUAUUCGUCGCUUUUGUUUAAUGUUAACCAUUUCCUGUUCAUGUUCAUCGUUU